AUGGAUUCUGAACUCCAAGCCUUAGAAGAGAAUCACACCUGGGAUGUAGUUCUCUUACCUUCUGGCAAGAAAGCUCUUCCUUGUAAAUGGGUUUACAAGGUCAAGUAUCAUGUUGAUGGCUCUAUUGAGAGGUUAAAGGCCCGGUUGGUUAUCAGAGGUGAUGUGCAGAGAGAAGACAUUGACUACACCGAAACCUUCUCUCCAGUUGUCAAGAUGACAACCAUCAGAUGUUUACUUUCUAUUGCAGUCAAGAAAGGGUGGCCUAUUUCUCAAUUUGAUGUGAGUAAUGCUUUUCUCCAUGGGGAGUUACAGGAAGAGGUUUACAUAAAAUUUCCUGCUGGUUUAUCUUCCCCCAGUCCUAACCAUGUUUGUCGACUUAAAAAGUCUCUUUAUGGCUUGAAGCAAGCUUCAAGACAGUGGUAUGCACGACUUGCUGGAUCCCUCAGUUUUAAGGGAUUCUCUUCCUCCCUAAAUGAUUAUUCCCUAUUUUUUAAACACACAGGGGAUCUCAUUUCCAUUGUUGCUGUAUACAUGGAUGAUAUUCUAAUCACAAGCAAUAAUUAUGCUGAAUUAUCAGAUCUUAAAGGCUUUCUACAUUCUGAGUUCAAAAUGAAGGAUCUUGGGCCUCUUCACUACUUCUUAGGCAUGGAAAUUCUAAGGGAGCAUGAUGGAAUUAUUAUAACUCAAAGGAAAUUCACCACUGACCUGCUUGCUGAAUUUGAUUGCACCACUCUUCCACUGGUUUCUUCUCCAAUUGAUCCAUCUUCCAAGUUGACAGCAAAUUGUGGAGCUCCUUUAUCUGAUGCUUGCCUCUAUCGUCGUCUUGUUGGCAAGCUCAACUAUUUUACUCACACGCGGCUUGAUCUCUCAUUUGCUGUUUUGACUCUCAGCCAGUAUAUGCAACGCCCUUGCAUUGGGCACUUCACAGCAGCUUUACGAGUUCUUAGAUACCUUUGCUCUAACCCUAGCCAGGGUUUGUUUCUCAAUGCUCGGCCCUCUUUUGAUUUAUUGGCCUUCUGUGAUGCUGAUUGGGCUUCUUGCCGUGAUAGUCGUCGCUCAGUCAGUGGUUUUUUCAUCAGUUUGGGUGGUUCACCGGUGUCUUGGAAAUCUAAGAAGCAAGCUUCCGUGUCUCUAUCUUCCGCUGAAGCGGAGUAUCGUUCAAUGCGUCGCCUCGUGGCUGAGCUUACUUGA